GAAACUGUUAUGCUCUUCUUGUUUUAGGCAUGUCAGUAGACCAGACGAUAUCGGAACUUAGCAGUACACUGGCACAGCUGAGCACUCUGGUAGCACACAUCAAUGGACAAAUCAGUGGGAUUACGAGGAGGAUAAACAUCACUUUAGACAACUUCGAUAAAGUGCCAAAUUCUUGGGUGUUCUACAUGCUGUUCAUAACGCUUAUCGUAGUGUUUAUACUGUUAUCAGUGGUUCUGAUACUGAAUCUGAUAACGAAGGUUCAUGCGAUUGUACGGAUAGUGAACAAUAAAGAUGGUGAGUAA